CUGAGAUAAGUUCAGUUCAGCACCACGGACACUGCACCGGAGCGCUGGAGAGGAGAAGUCACUUCAGUGGAUUUAAGCUGCGCACAGUCAUGCCUUCUUGAACUACUGGAGCCAUACUGUACACUACAGUCGUGCUCAUCCUGUGCUUGUGCAGACGGUUGUUGUUUGGUUUGUUUUAUUUUAUUCGGGAAUAGCUAAAUAAGGAGGCAAGAUAGCUGCAGAGAGAAGUGCGGUGCAUGGGCUUGCAAGCACAGGCCAGCCUGUUAGUCGGCGCGAUCCUUACAUCAUCUCUUUAUUGGAGCGAGAGAGAUAGAGAGACUGCGAGAGAGAGUGUGAGAUGAGAGUGAGAGAGAUUCAGUGCAGCCAGGCUCCUCUUCGCCAGUCCUCAACUGCGAAGCGAGGCUGACGGACCGACUGGCGUUACCACCACCCUGUUGUUUAUUCUGAGUGUUCCCUCUCCCACACUGCUGCGUCUGCACCGGCCGUGAAGAUGCACCGGCACCGUCCUGCCCAGGGAUCGACGUUCGUAUUGUCGGUGGCUUUGUGGAUUUUCAGCCACGUCAACUGUGUGCACGGAGCUUUGCCAACAACCCAGAAGUGCGAUGAGGCUCUAGCCUCUCCUCUGCCUCACACAGCCUUCACCAGCUCGUCUGUGUUCUCCAACGGAUAUGCACCCGGAUAUGCCAAGCUCAACAGGAGAGGAGGUGCUGGUGGUUGGUCUCCUCUGGACAGUGACCAUUACCAGUGGCUACAGGUGGACCUUGGUUCCAGGAAGCAAGUGAGCGCCAUAGCGACACAGGGUCGCUACAGCAGCUCUGAUUGGACAACGCGGUACCGUCUCCUCUACAGCGACACAGGAAGGAACUGGAAACCAUAUCACCAAGACGGCAACAUUUGGGCCUUCUCUGGGAACUCCAACUCGGAGAGCUCAGUUCGCCACGAGCUGCAGCGGGGAAUCGUGGCACGCUUCCUGAGGCUCGUCCCGCUGGACUGGAGCGAGGAGGGACGGAUUGGUCUGCGCAUAGAAGUUCAUGGCUGCUCCUACUGGGCGGGCGUGAUCAACUUUGAUGGACAGGGUGUAAUCUCAUAUCGUUUUAAGGUGAAGAAGAUGAAGAUCAUUAAGGAUGUGAUUGCCCUGAGGUUCAAGACGUCAGAGAGUGAGGGUGUGAUUCUUCAUGGGGAGGGCCAACAGGGAGACUACAUCACCCUGGAGCUUCGCAAGGCCAAGCUGCUGCUGCAGAUAAACCUGGGCAGUAAUCAGUAUGGCUCUAUCCUGGGUCAUACCUCUGUGACCACCGGCAGCCUCUUGGAUGACAAUCACUGGCACUCGGUGGUGCUCGAACGCUACCGUCGUAAUAUCAACUUCACCUUGGACAGACACACUCAGCACUUCAGGACCAAUGGAGAGUUUGACCACCUCGAUUUAGACUAUGAGUUGAGUUUUGGGGGGAUGCCAUACAGUGGGAAGCCAGUGGGAGGAGGAAGGAAGAACUUUAAAGGCUGCAUGGAGAGCAUCAACUACAAUGGAGACAACAUUACAGACUUGGCCCGUCGAAAGAAGCUAGACACCUCUAGCUUUCGUAACCUGUCCUUCUCCUGUGUGGAGACACACACCUUCCCGGUGUUUUUUAAUGCCACCAGCUUCCUGCAGCUGCCGGGUCGAGCCAAUCACAACACAAUAUCUGUGAGCUUCCAGUUUCGUACGUGGAACCCUGAUGGGCUCCUCUUCUUCAGUAAUCUUGAUGAUGGCACGCUGGAGAUCUCCCUCGAGGAAAGCAAGGUUGCAGUUCAUAUCAAUGUUACGAAGGCGACCAGAAACAACCGGGUAGACUUAUCAUCAGGCUCAGGCCUUAACGACGGCCAAUGGCACGCAAUACGUUUGGUCGCCAAGGAGAACUUUGCCAUGUUGACAAUAGAUGGCGAGGAGGCGUCUGCUGUGCGCUCCACCUCACCUCUCACCAUCACCACAGGAGGAACCUACCACUUGGGAGGGUAUUUUCUCCAGACGCUGUUCCCACCCUCCCAGCGUACCUUUCAGGGCUGCAUGCAAGCAAUCUUGGUGGACGACCAACCAGCUGAUUUGCAUGCGGUGGAAAAAGGCACUAUGGGAGCUUUUGAGAAUGUCAGCCUAGACAUGUGUGCAAUCAUAGACAGGUGUAUGCCUAAUCACUGUGAGCACGGUGGCCGGUGUAAACAGACGUGGGAGAGUUUCAGCUGUACCUGUGAUGGAACAGGAUACGCUGGAGCCACCUGCCACACAUCCAUCUAUGAGCCAUCAUGUGAGGCCUAUAAGCAUCUGGGCAGGUCCUCUGACACCUACUGGAUCGACCCCGACGGCAGCGGACCCCUUGGCCCCUUCAAAGUCAAUUGCAACAUGACAGAGGACAAAGUGUGGACAACAGUUAUGAACAACCUGCCACCCAAAAUUGCAGUGACUGGCUCCAGUAGAGAGAGACGCACCGUCUUACAGGUUAACUACAGUGCCUCUAUGGACCAGGUGACAGCCAUCACCACCAGUGCGGAGUACUGUGAGCAGCACAUCGCCUACAGCUGUCGCUUGUCCAGACUGCUCAACACUCCAGAUGGGACCCCCUACACAUGGUGGGUGGGUCGGGGCAGCGAGAAGCACUUCUACUGGGGGGGCUCAGGCCCUGGCAUCCAGAAGUGUGCCUGUGGCAUCGACAGGAACUGCACUGACCCCAAGUAUGACUGCAACUGUGACGCCGACCACAAACAAUGGAGAGACGAUUCUGGCCUCUUGAUAUACAAAGAACACCUGCCAGUCAGCCAGGUUGCUGUGGGUGACACCAACAGACCAGGCUCUGAAGCCAAGCUGACUGUUGGACCACUCCGUUGCCAAGGAGAUAAUAACUACUGGAAUGCCGCGUCCUUCACCACCCCGUCAUCCUACCUGCACUUUGCCACCUUCCAGGGUGAGACCAGCGCCGACAUCUCCUUCUACUUCAAGACCAGCGCGCCCUACGGCGUCUUUCUGGAAAACCUGGGCAACACUGACUUCAUUCGCUUGGAGCUCAAAUCUCCUAAAGUCAUCUCCUUCUCCUUUGACGUCGGAAACGGACCGGUGGAGUUGACGGUACAUUCGGCCGCGCCCCUCAAUGACGACCAAUGGCAUCGCGUGAUGGCCGAGCGAAACGUCAAAGAGUCAGUCCUUCAGUUGGAUCAGACAUAUCGGGCGUCUCAGCUUGCUCCUGCUCAGGGGCACACACGGCUAGAGCUGUUCAGCCAACUCUACGUGGGUGCUGCAGGGGGGCAGAGGGGGUUCCUGGGCUGCAUCCGAGCCCUCCGGAUGAACGGCAUCACCCUCGACCUGGAGGAGAGGGCCAAGGUCACGCCGGGGGUCAAGCCCGGUUGCCAAGGCCACUGUACCAGUUUUGGGAUGUACUGCCGGAACGGAGGGAAGUGUGUGGAGAGGUAUAAUGGCUACUUGUGUGACUGCACCGCCACUGCCUAUGACGGCCCGUUCUGCACCAGAGAUGUUGGGGGUUUCUUUGAGGCAGGAACAUUAGUCAAGUACAACUUCAUGCCUGAAGCAGUUGCAGGAGCCAGCAGGGAUGCAAAGAUCCUGACGCACCAGCUGACACCACAUGAAGUGAAUCUAACAAAGGAGGAAGUGGCCUUCAGUUUCAGCACCUCCAACGCUCCAGCUAUUCUGAUGUAUGUCAGCUCCAAGACGCAGGAUUAUUUGGCUGUGGUCUUAAGGCAGAAUGGUUCACUACAGGUCCGGUAUUACCUGGGAGGUCUGAGGGAGCCAUUUUCCAUAGAUGUGGACCAGCGUAACCUGGCCAACGGACAGCCACAUAGCAUUAACAUGUCCCGUGUCGACAGAAGCAUCACGAUCCAGUUGGAUCAUUACCCUCCAGUCAGCUACACUCUCCCAGACGCCUCCGACACACAGUUCAACCUGGUUAAGACGCUUUUCUUGGGCAAAGUCUUUGAAACUGGACACAUAGACUCAGUCCUCAUCGAGCGUUACAACACCCCAGGCUUUAUCGGGUGUCUUUCGCGGGUACAGUUCAACGGCGUCGCCCCCCUCAAGACUGCACUGAGAGCCGUUGCACAGGCCCAGGCCACACUGACAUCCGGUCAGCCCGACAGACAACCUGCAGCCGCCUCACCGGUGUCUUACCAGGGCAAACUGUUGGAGUCCAACUGUGGGUCGUCACCUCUCACGAUCCCACCAAUGUCUGCCGCUACAGAUCCCUGGCAUCUGGACAACACAGAUGCAGAGUUCCCCUUCAAUGAGGAGAGAGUGAUUCCUGAUGGAGUCAACAGAGACUCAGCCAUCAUUGGAGGUAUCAUCGCGGUUGUGAUCUUCACCAUCUUAUGUACGCUGGUGUUCCUGAUCCGCUACAUGUUCCGUCACAAAGGCACCUACCACACCAACGAGGCCAAGGGCAGCGGGGAGUCCACCGGAGAAUCGGCGGACACGGCCAUCAUCGGCACCGACAACCCAGAAACCAUCGACGAAUCGAAGAAGGAGUGGUUCAUCUAACGGCCAAUGGCGGGACUUUGAGAGAGAAAGUCAGACCACCAGGUGCCACGGAGAUGGAGGAGGUUGAAUUCAAUGACCAAUCACAGGAAAGAAGGAGGAAAGGAAAUCCAGUAGGACAAUGAUCUCCCAGAGAGGGCGGGGAUGUGGGAGAGACGUGUACAGAAAUAUUUUUCGUUUAUUUGUUUUGGUUUUUUAUAUAUUCAGAGUAUUAGAAAAAGAAGAGGGACAGUUAUGCAGCAGAGCUCUGCUCUAAGAGACUGUACAUGUAUAUACUAACCGGCUUGUCCUUCUUUGUAUCGUGCUUGGGAGUUUUCAGGAGUCCUUUGAAUACUGUAUAUGACAAAUAAUUAUACUUACUGGGUCGUGUGAUAGCACAGAUUUAUUUCCAGUCUCUGUUGCAUUUUGAUUUUAUUUUUUAACAAAAAUCUUAUAUCAAAAAUGAUCAAAUCAACAUGCCAAACCCUGUUUUUCUUUACUUAUCAGGCUGUGGUUGCACCAGUCUGUCAACGCUCAUAUCCGUCGAAUGACAUGCCACUUAUAUUGUGGUAAUAUAGAGUUGAAUAUGGAUGCCAAAACUUACUUUGUAAAUAUAGUAUUUUGUGUUUUUUUUUUCUUAAAAGAUUUAUUCAGAGUCCAGUACAUAAAUACAAAUGAGAAAUGUCAGAUCUAUAUUACAAUAAUAUCAUAUGUCCUUCCAUUACAUUAUAUAUGUAUUAAAUAUAGAGUUUUAUGUUUAAAUCUUAUGACAUUCGAUUGUAUGGGACAUUCCUUUCUGAGGAAGAGCAGAGACGGGUUUCUCAGAGAAUGAUGGGAAAUCAUAACACUCCAUGGUCGGUUUAGCUCAGCAUGGCAGCUUUCUUUUCAUUUUGAAUGGUCAAACCGUGAGCCUUUACUCAUUCAGACUUCUUCAGCAGUCCGUUUGUUUUUUUGCCAAACACUUGAAUCUUACGUCAGUUACUGAUUGGCUCAGAUUUUUGCGUUAAAUGGUAGACUUUGAAUUGAGGAAUUCAUUUAAUUACACUAGACUGAUGUGGGUUUGCAGCACUUGCAUGCAUCUGUGCGUAUAUGUGUAGGUCAGAUUGGGUAGUACUUUGUGUAUUGGACAGAAGGGGUGCCAUAAUAAAACAGUUAGGACAGUCACAUGGAUGAGAUCAAACAACUUGCCUGACACUUAAUGAGUUAUAUUGAUGCACUAAACUUCAUGCAUUAAGUGUUUGAAGCAGCAUAAAACACAAAAAAAUCGUUCAAACCUAAUAUUUGUUUAAGACCUGGCAAAGGUUAAGAUGAUAAUUGGCUUUUUAAUCCGUUGUGCCUCAAAGGUGUUGAGCCAUUGCGCCUUGAAUUUACUAGAAUAACUUGCUGCUGCAUGAAUUGUCAUUAAUCAGAGUUUUCGGGUGUCUUUAUGUUUCCUGAUAUGAGUGGUGCUCAAUCAAAGCUUGAUUUUGAAUUCAGAAUACUUCGGUGAAAAAAUCCAGCUAAUUUCUCUCAAAUCGUAAAACAAGUCUGUCUUUUUCGAAGCAUAGCCGUGUGAAGAAGUUUACACCUCCCCUCUGUGACGCACAUACACACGCAAACAUGCAUGUUUGAUAGAGCAUGAGUUAAGGUCGUUCGUUCAAUUACAAGAGCAACGAGUUCAGAAUGAGGAGGCUGCUGCUUUGUCAACAAUGAUUUGACCUUCACUCUAACAGUGCCACCGUUGUCCAACAUACAAUGUACAAUGUAUAUUUUAACCAUGUUGUUUCCCCUGUCAUCGUUGCGUGUGUUUACCUUACCGUAGCAUUUACAGAACAAUGUGUUACAGUUUAAACCAGCUGCCAACUUUGUUAUUUCGUUGUGAAUUUGCUUUCUCUACGUCUGUUUGUUCAAAUUGCAGCCAUGACACCCUGUUACGUGAAUGAUGUUGUACAUCAUCGCCGCCUCAUGGUUGAGUGCUAACUGUACAUCACUUUAUCAGAGACAUUAGGACAGCUGGUGAAAUCAGCCUGCCUUCUACCGUGGCCUCAAAGACUUUCUAUGUCCACACAUCACAUCCAUGAAGGCCAAACCGUUACUUUCCUUUUUUUUAGUAAUUAUAUUAUUCAGACUAUACAUAAACACACACACACACACGCCCUUGAUAUGUGGUUUGAACAUAAUGAUGAUAAUGGAUUAUCAGCUCCGACAGACAUAACCCAUGUUUUGCUUUCAGUUCUAAGUUCAUUAAAGAGUGUUUGAUCUUUAAUAUCA